GUCAUCAAGUCAAGCAUCCAAAAAGUCUUCGCUUUCCCGCACGCAGUCUAGUCGUCCCUGAGCUUGGAAUUUUUUGCCUCUGCCUUCUUUGACCCGUUGGUUAUCUUCUUCUGCUUCCCAAUUGAAUUCACACUCUUUCGCUUCAGACUUCAGAGAGCGAUGCUUCCACGUUAUUUCGGCAGCUCCGCUAGUGUCUUUGUUUUUCCCGAGCUGGAUUCUUCUAUAGUUCAGGAUGUGUUCUUGAGGGCACUAUAGUAUGGAUUUUAUAGCCUUCGUCGGAUCCCAAUUGAAGUGAGGCAUCUGGACUGUUUCUUCUUGGCUUGUGUUUGAGAUCGUGGUUAAGGAUGGUUCUGAGUAGCCGAACUUUCUGUACUCGUGUUGUUAUUAUUAAUUUCUUGUUGCUGCUUAGUUGUCACAUGGUCUAUGGGACUGUUACGGACAUCUUCUGCUUGAAAAAGAUAAAAGAUUCACUUCAAGACCCAAACGGAUAUUUGAAGUCUUCCUGGGAUUUCAACAACAACACAGAAGGAUUUAUCUGUAGAUUUACUGGGGUUGAAUGUUGGCACCCUGAUGAGAACAAGGUCUUAAAUCUAAAGUUGUCAAACAUGGGACUCAAGGGCCAGUUUCCUCGUGCCAUUCAAAAUUGCUCGAGUUUAACAGGAUUGGAUCUAUCACUUAACAAACUUUCUGGAACAAUUCCAGCAGAUAUCAAUAAGAUCCUUACAUUUGUGACAACUCUUGAUCUUUCUUCAAAUGACUUUUCUGGGUCGAUUCCUGUUGGGCUUGCAAAUUGUUCUUAUCUUAAUUCCCUCAAACUUGAUCAAAAUCGACUCACCGGACAAAUCCCUGGAGAAUUCAGCACGCUUACAAGGCUCAAGGCAUUUACUGUCACAAACAAUCUUUUGACAGGUCCUAUUCCAUACCUUCCAAACAUCUCAGGUGAUAGCUAUGUAAAUAAUGCUGGACUAUGUGGUACCCCUUUGCCAACCUGCCAGGCCUCAUCCUCCAAGAGUAACACUGCAGUUAUAGCCGGAGCAGCUGUUGGCGGGGUGACAGUUGGAGCAUUGGCAAUAGGUAUUGGCUUGUUCUUCUUUGUCAGACGAGUAGCUGUGAUUAAGAAGGAAGAAGACCCUGAAGGAAACAAAUGGGCUAGAAGUCUAAAGGGAACUAAAGGAAUAAAGGUUUCAAUGUUUGAGAAGUCGGUUUCAAAAAUGAAAUUGAGUGAUCUCAUGAAGGCUACUAACAACUUCAGUAAAGGCAACAUUAUCGGGACUGGAAGAACAGGAACCAUGUACAAAGCUGUCCUUGAUGAUGGCACAUCACUCAUGGUAAAGAGAUUGCAGGAAUCUCAACACUCUGAGAAAGAAUUUCUGUCUGAGAUGUCUACCCUUGGGGCUGUCAGGCAUCGUAACUUGGUUCCUCUUUUGGGUUUUUGCCUGGCCAAGAAGGAGAGGCUUUUGGUCUAUAGAUAUAUGUCAAAUGGCUAUCUUCAUGAUCAGCUACAUCCUGCUGAAGGUCAGAGCACCCUGGAGUGGCCUACGAGGCUUAAAAUUGCAAUUGGAGCAGCAAAAGGAUUAGCAUGGCUUCAUCAUAGUUGCAAUCCCCGUAUCAUCCAUCGUAACAUAAGCUCUAAGUGCAUCUUACUGGAUUCUGAUUUUGAGCCCAAAAUUUCUGAUUUCGGGCUUGCUCGACUGAUGAACCCAAUUGAUACACAUUUGAGUACUUUUGUGAACGGGGAGUUUGGGGAUUUAGGUUAUGUUGCUCCUGAGUAUGCAAGAACACUUGUGGCUACACCAAAAGGGGAUGUUUAUAGCUUCGGGGUUGUUCUUCUCGAGUUGGUGACUGGUGAAAGACCCACAUAUGUGGCUAAAGCUCCGGAAACAUUCAAGGGAAGUUUGGUUGAAUGGAUUACCCAACUGUCAAGCAGCUCUGAACUGCAGACUGCCAUUGAUGAAUCGUUAGGUGGGAAGGGAUUUGAUAACGAGGUUUUCCAGUUUCUUAAGGUUGCAUGCAACUGUGUUUCAUCAACUCCAAAAGAAAGGCCCACUUUGUUUGAAGUAUACCAGUUUCUAAGAUCCAUUGGGAGUAACUACAAUUUCACAACUGAGGAUGAGAUAUUGGUACCUACGGAUAUUGAUGAUAUGGGAAAUCUUGAGGAACUUAUUGUCGCUCGAGAAGGGAAUAAUUGAAAAGGUAUGCGAGAUAUAUAGGUCUAAUUUAAUCAAUUUUCAUGUGUAACUCUCUCUUUCUUUGCAGUCCAAGAAUAAGCCCUAGUGUAAUAUUUUCUUGGUGAUCUAGAUUCAGUUGUGUGCUAUCAAUAUUGAAACGACUAUAUAAUAUCAUCUUAUGAACGACCAGUAUAUAGAGGUGAGUUACUUUUGUUUAGUGCUUACAGUAUUUUGAUUUCCUUAUCCUCUCCUUUGUAAUGCUGAUGUGUAUAGAAGAAAUCUCCUUUUAGCAUUAAGGACUCUCAUUAAAAAAUUAGUGGGUUAUGAAUUAUUGAUUUGAAAUGCUGGCUAGUUUGUUUGAUUAGUAA